AUGUUUGACGAGAUGGUUUUCCUAUUAGAUAAGCAUGGAUAUAUUUUUAAGAGACAGAUAGGCAAGGGAUGCUUUGCAACAUGCUAUCUUGUUUAUGACCAAAAUUAUCAACAGGAAUUCAUUUGCAAGGUUUGUCAUAUUAACUCCUCAAAAGAAGAUUCUUCUAACAAUAUACAAUUCUACCAAAAUGAAAUUGAUGCUCUUAUUAAGGUUUCCCAUCCAAACAUUGUUAACAUUUAUAACCAUUUUACCGAAAAUAACUAUAUGUUCAUCAUUCUUGAAUAUUGCAAGAACCAAUCACUAGAUAAGUAUAUUAAUUUAUAUGGUAUCCCUCAAAAGGCAGUUUUAUUCGAAUACGUUAAACAAUUUGCCCAGGCUCUUCAGCAUUGUCACUCAAUGGGCAUGGCUCAUCACGAUAUUAAACCAGCCAAUUUACUUCUUGAUGAAUAUAACAGGAUUAAGCUUGCAGACUUUGGUUUUGCUUCAUUUGAUCUGAAAACAAAUGCUAUUCGAGGUUCACUAGCAUAUAUUCCACCAGAAAAACUAGGAGAUCUUCCUUAUGAUCCUUUUGCAAGUGAUGUGUGGAGUUUUGGUGUGACAUUGUAUAAUCUAAACACUGGGAAGCUCCCGUUUCCUGGAAGCACAAAACAAGAAAUGGAAGAGCGUAUUAAAAAGGCAGAAUUCAAGAUCCUACCUGAAAUUUAUGACUUUGCAAAAACAAUUAUAGAAAAAACAAUAGUUUUUGAUCCAGCGCAACGUUGGACAAUGAACGAUAUUGUAAAUUAUCUGGCUAAUUAUAAAAAUAAGUCAAAGAUGGCAGGCAAUCUUCGAUUAAACUCGAAACUUCAUUUCCACUCCUUGAACCAAGUCUGCGGUACCGGGCGUAUAUCAGCACCAUACAAGGCAAAGUUGCAUUUUUCUAGUACAUUUCAUGCAACUCAGCCGAAUUACUAUAGAAUGGACUUAUGA